CCCUCCCUCCCUCCCUUCCUCCCUCCGCAAGGUUCUUUCAAGCCAUCUCACAUUUUUAACUGCACACUGGAUUUUCACCCGGGAAUAUUUCAACACAAUUUGACGCCACUUUAGCGUAAUUUGGAUCAAGAUGCUGCAGGCCUGCUGAUACGGGCGGGAAGGGCCUGGGGGCAAGGGGUCACACUUUACAGGGCAGACCAGAGACUUGCAUGGUGCUUGUAAAAUAAGUAGAACCAAACCAAGACCAAGAUGGAAUUCCGACCGGGCUGUAGGAUCACACUGGUCUUGGUCAUCCUGGCCGUGACUCUUUCUGGAGAGAGAGCAGAAGCUCAGAGGGCAGGGUGCAAAAACGUCCACUACGACUUGGCCUUCAUCCUGGAUACCUCGUCCAGUGUGGGCAAGGAGAAUUUUGAGAAGAUCAGGCAAUGGGUGGCCAACCUGGUGGAGUCUUUUGACGUGGCUCCGGACAAGACCCGAGUGGCCGUGGUUCGCUACAGUGACCGGCCCACCACAGAGUUCAACCUGGGGAGACACGGGAGCCUGGAGGAGGUGAAGGAAGCCGCCAGGAACAUACGCUACCUGGGGGGGAAUACAAUGACGGGAGAUGCUAUCAGCUACACCACCAACAACAUCUUUUCGGAGCAAAACGGAGCGAGGCCACCCGCCAAAGGGAUCCAGAAGGUGGCCAUCUUGCUUACGGACGGCCGGAGUCAGGAUUACGUCCUGGAGCCGGCCCGGGCGGCCGCCCAGGCUGGCGUCAGAAUGUUUGCGGUGGGCAUCGGCGAAGCACUCAAGGUGGAGCUGGAGGAGAUUGCGGCAGAGCCAAAGAACGCCCACGUCUUCCACGUGACGGACUUCAACGCCAUCGAUAAAAUCAGGGGGCGACUCAGGAGGAGGCUGUGCGAAAACGUAUUGUGUCCAAACAUGAACGUGCAACCUGAUCGCUUUAAACAAGACAGCCCAAGUUAUGGCCUUCAACAAGUUCCAGGCUUCGACCUGAUGGAGUACUUCAGUGUCCGAAAUAUUCUGGGUACCAGACAAGACGAGGGUCAGAGUGCGUACGUUCGGCUCGGCACCAUGCCCAUCGUACAGCAGACGGAAGGCGUGUACCCUCAGGGGCUGCCAGAUGAGUAUGCCUUUGUGACAACGUUUAAAUUCAGGAAAACCUCAAGACGAGAAGAUUGGUACCUCUGGCAAAUCUUUGACAAAUAUGGAAUCCCACAGGUGUCCAUCAGGCUGGACGGUGAGAACAAGGCGGUGGAGUACAACGCGGUGGGCUUAACCAAAGACGCCGUCCGAGUUGUGUUCAGGAACUCGGAAGUGGACAACCUGUUUGACCGCAACUGGCAUAAGAUAGGCCUGAGCGUGGAGGCCAAGACCGUUUCUCUCUACCUGGACUGUCAACUAAUCCAGACGCUGCCCAUCGGCGACAGGGAGGACAUCGAUAUCCAAGGAAAGACGGUCAUCGGGAAGCGAUUAUACGACAGCGUGCCUAUUGAUUUUGACCUCCAGAGGAUGGUUAUCUACUGUGACUCCAAACAUGCCGAGCUUGAAACCUGCUGCGAUUUACCCAAUGGGCCUUGCCCUAAAAAAAUUGCGACCGAGGCUCCUCCCAUCGCGAUCCCCACUCCGACACCAACCUCGGUGGAGCAGCAGCGAGGCCCUCAAGCGAAUUGCUCCUGCCCUGCCGGAGACAAGGGAGCGGCUGGCGCACCGGGCCGUGUCGGUCUCAAGGGUGAAAAGGGUGAAGCCGGCCCUCGAGGUGCCUCCGGUCUGCCGGGCCUUAGAGGAGAAAAAGGAGAAAGUGGCAAAGUCAUCUCUGUUAGAGGUGAAAGAGGUGAGAAGGGCGAUAGAGGCGGCAUAGGCUUGACAGGUGCCCCCGGUCAAAGAGGAGAGAAGGGAGUCAGCGGUAUUCCCGGUAUCGACGGCGAAUCUGGAGACAAUGGCGAAAAAGGAGAAGCUGGGCGGGCUGGCAUUCCAGGACUUCCUGGUCUGAUUGGAGAAAAGGGCGUUCAAGGUGACGCAGGUUAUCAAGGAUCACCAGGACCAAAAGGCGUCUCCGGUCUCGAUGGGAAAAAAGGUGAAAAGGGAUCAACAGGACAAAGCGGUGAGCGCGGCUUGGAUGGAUUACCCGGAAAACCUGGAUUUCACGGCAAAGACGGCUUGAGGGGACAGGCUGGCUUGCCCGGGACCAGUGGGGUCAAAGGUGAUAAGGGGGAGCAAGGAAUUCCCGGAUUACCCGGUGAUGUGUUCCAAAAAGCGGGUCUAAGAGGAGAAAAGGGAGAACUUGGGCUUCCAGGGCCUCCUGGGGCUGACGGCCCACCAGGACCACCUGGUCCUCCGGGUCGACAGGGGAUACCAGGGGAACCGGGGGAGUUUGGGCAAAGGGGAAAAAAGGGUGAAAGUGGAUUGCCCGGAUUGGACGGACUCCCCGGACCGAUCGGUCCAAUAGGUCCACUGGGACCGCCGGGGAAAAAUGGCAACACUGGCCCACCUGGUCUGCCGGGUGAAAUUGGAUUUUCCGGCAAACCUGGCGAGGCUGGAAAGCCUGGUGUUCCCGGUAAGGAUGGGCAGGACGGUGCUCCUGGAAACGAUGGCGCUAUGGGGCCCAGAGGAGAGCGUGGAACGGAUGGUUUUCCUGGCAAAGCUGGACCAAAGGGAGAUGAUGGACCUCCCGGACCAAGAGGGCCUCCAGGGGAGCGAGGAUUGGCUGGCCCACCCGGUUUAGCUGGUGCUGAUGGAGCAAGAGGAGAGAGGGGAAGUCCUGGUGACAGGGGACAAGAGGGACCUUUUGGUCCAAAAGGUGAAAAGGGUGACAAGGGUGAAGUAGGAGACAGGGGACUGCCCGGCGUGCCUGGAAAUGUAGCAGAGGUCAUUCCUGAGCCGGGUGAACCUGGAAAACCAGGAGAAAAAGGAGAGAAAGGGGACCAAGGAAAGACUGGAGAAAUGGGCCCAAGAGGAUUACCUGGCGAGCAAGGCUUUAAGGGUCCACCUGGACUACUGGGUUCAAAAGGAGACACAGGACUUCAAGGAGAGACAGGACGUGUUGGGGACCCAGGGCCUCCUGGUGUGGCUGGUCCUCAAGGGCCUCGAGGGCUCCCAGGCAAUGCGGGCAUACCAGGCAUCAUUGGGCCUCCUGGUCCUGCUGGAGAGAGAGGAGACAAGGGGGAGUCAGGCAAACCAGGGCAAGCAGGUCAACGAGGACUCCCUGGAGAGCCUGGUUUGAUUGGACCCCAAGGACCAACAGGGAAGGGAAAAGAUGGACUACCUGGAGAACCGGGACCACGGGGAAAUGAAGGACUCCCAGGGCCAAAGGGUCCCCCAGGAUUAAGAGGAGAGCCAGGCUUACCAGGGGACAGGGGCUCCCCAGGGGAAGGCAAAACAGGACCUCAGGGGCCCCCUGGAAAUAAUGGGAAUCCCGGACUACCUGGCUUGAGGGGCUUGCCCGGCAUAGCUGGUCCCGACGGACCUGCAGGGCAUAACGGAGUACCGGGAAGGCCAGGCGAGAAGGGAUCACCUGGAGAGCCUGGAAAAGCAGCAGACCUUUCCGACAUCAAACUUAAGGACAUUUGCUCAGACUGCCCAGCAGGACCUCCUGGACAAGCAGGUGUCUCGGGACUGCCGGGCGAUAAAGGACAACAAGGACCUCCUGGGAAAGAUGGUCAAGAUGGCUAUCAAGGCGCACCGGGCCUACCGGGACCUCAAGGACCUCCCGGAGCUGAUGGAGGAAAGGGACUUAAAGGUGACCGAGGUACUUCUGGAAUGCCAGGAGAUAAGGGAGAAAAGGGUCACCCUGGACCUCCAGGUCAUCCCGGUCCUGCUGGAAUGAUGGGCACAGCGGGCAAUGAUGGACAACCUGGUCCUCCUGGUCCCCAAGGACCCCCUGGAGAGAAGGGCAAAGAAGGUCUCAAAGGGAUCCAAGGUCCUCCGGGUCUUCCUGGCGCGAUUGGUCCACCUGGCAAAAUGGGAAAAGAUGGUAUCCAAGGUGAACAAGGAGAACCGGGCAAACAAGGUGAACCUGGACCACUUGGAAACCCCGGUCUCCGUGGACUCCCAGGCUUCAAGGGUCACAGAGGAGAACCUGGUCCUCCUGGGUCAAAGGGAGAAGAUGGAAAAGCUGGAUUACCUGGACGGGAUGGCAAACCUGGAAAGGAGGGUCAAAAGGGGCCUCAUGGACCUGAAGGACUCAUUGGACCAAGAGGCGAACCAGGCAAGCAGGGUGAACCGGGGCCGUCGGGUAAAUCAGGUCUCCCAGGAACUCCGGGUUUGAGAGGGGAAAGGGGAGAACAUGGGAAUCCAGGAUUACCAGGCUUCAGUGGGCCUAAGGGGCCUCCGGGUCCGCCAGGUCCUGUUGGUCCAGAAGGAAAACAGGGAGUCCCAGGCCGAGCAGGCGAUCGUGGCCUGAAGGGGGAAAAAGGAGACGGGGGCAUUAAAGGUGAUAAGGGACAAUCUGGAGAACCAGGUAUACCAGGAAAUACAGGACCACCUGGCAGAAAGGGCCACACUGGGAUGAUGGGCAUGUCAGGACCACCGGGUGAAUUGGGAUCUCCUGGGCCACAAGGACCUUCUGGGAAUCCAGGAAUACCAGGACCCAGAGGGGAGUCCGCAUCAGUGGAGCAGAUGAGAAGGCUCAUUCAGGAGGAAUUGUCCAAGCAAUUGGAUGCCAAAUUGGCCUACCUCAUGGCUCAGAUGCAACCAGCCCAUGUGAAGAGUUCCACGGGACGCCCGGGAGCACCCGGCCUUCCGGGUAAAGACGGCAACCCCGGGCGACCUGGCCCAGCCGGGGAACCGGGCAUGCCUGGACUGAACGGAGGCGAAGGAUCGAGGGGACCCGCGGGUCCCAAAGGUGAAAGAGGUACUAAAGGAGACAAAGGAGAUUCUGGGGUUGGUGAAAGAGGAGAGCAAGGUCCUCCUGGUGCAAUAGGCCCGGCUGGUAUGCCGGGUUAUGGGAAAGACGGCAGCCCGGGACAAUCCGGAGCCCAAGGGGAGCCAGGAAAUCCCGGCCCCACCGGUCAACCGGGCCCUCAGGGACCUACCGGGCAAUGUGACCCCUCCCAGUGCGCCUAUUACGCCAGCCUUGCGAACAGACCUCACACCAAAAAUGUCAAGGGGACUUAAAAUGAAAAGAGCUUGAAGUACAGCUGUAUUUAUGAACAUUGUAGCGUCUGACUAAAGAAGAUUUUUGGGAGGGUUCCAACCUCACCUUUGGAGGACUGACGAUUAUUCUGUGUUUUCUUUUUGCCAAUGAUGGGGGAUUGGAUGCCAGGGACUUUUGCAGAUGGAAUGUGGGGUAAAGAGGGCAGCUAAAUAUGUUUUCCUGACUUGCAUGCUUCUUGUCAAAUAUAUCAGGAGCGGAUGAUGCAAGUCUCUCCAGGUAUGUCAAGCUCGAGAUUUCUCUCACUGCUCGCUGCUCAAUCUGUUAGGUAAUCGCUUGGUAUCGGGUUUAGUAUUUUGCUAGUAUCGGGUGGGGCGGGACUUUGGGAAGCCAUUUUGAAUUCUUAGGCGGUAUUGACAAUGAUUGUUUGUGGGAGUGAUGGUGGAGCACUUUUGUGCUUCUUACGUAGCCUUGAAUGGGAUCAUUCUGCCCCGCUUGUCCAAAAUGGAGGUAAGUAGUACUAUCCUCUUUUUGAUAUGCUUUAACUUUUAAUGUUGGAAUAAAUCGACGGCCAUGCAACUCGCCUCCCAAACUCCCAACUCAUUUAUUUGAGCUUGACUACCUCUGGGUGAGAUUGGGAGAGUUUUGGAUUCCAAAAUGUGGUUUGCUAUAUAAAGAAAUGAUUUGGGAUUCAAAGGGAAUGGCGCUUUUUUUUUUUUUUUAAGCAAUUUUCAUUUAUUGAAGAGGAACAACUUGCGACAUUGCUAUUCUUUUUUUUUUUUUUUUCCCGAAAGGCUUGUUGCUUCAAAGCGCUUUCUCAUGUGCCACUUUAUGACUUAGUGUUAGGCCUUUUAAGAGCCCACGCCAACGGGCCCAAGUAAGCUAAUUUAUUUGUCCACCAGUUUAUUUAUAGACUUCUCUCUCUUUUUUUUUAAAUCGAUUCCAUUUGGCUUUUACAUCGGUUCUUAGAAAAAUAAACUCAAAGAGCAAUUCUCAACCCAAUUUAGAAGGUCAAACCAUUAAAGUACAUUUAACGGUCUUGUACUUUUAAAAAAAAAAAUGGUUUGUCCUCCGUCAGACAUGCACAAAACACAGACCCAUUUAGUGACCUUUGCUAAUUAAAAGAAUAUAUCCCAAGUGCUUUUAUUCCACAAUAUAUUGAUUUUUUUUUUUUUUUUAUCUGGUGAAAAUGGUGCUAAAAUAUUUUUAAAAAUAGUAGCAUAUUGUAAUGAUUUGAAAGACUCAUGUAAUGUACUGUACUGGAAUAAAUUCAUCCCAAACCA